GCAACUCUGCUGCUUUUACGACAGUCCCCCUUCCGUUUCCGGCAUAAACAGAGGAGCAGGGCGGCAUGAGGAUGAGAGGUCAAACUUUAGGAUCCUGAUCUCCAGCGGACACGGACCUGAACACACAGCCAUGGCCAGCUCCUUGGCGGCAGUGGGACUGGCUCUGGCAGCCGCCGGGUUCGCAGGUCGUUAUGCCAUUCAGGCCAUGAAGCAGAUGGAGCCUCAGAUGAAACAGGCUCUUCAGAGCUUCCCCACGACGGCUUUUGGAGGAGGGUUCUACAGAGGUGGGUUUGAACCAAAGAUGAACAAGAGAGAAGCUGCCCUGGUUUUAGGUGUCAGUCCCACAGCCAAUAAAAAUAAGAUCAGAGAAGCCCACAGAAAAUUGAUGAUCCUGAACCAUCCAGAUAGAGGUGGAUCUCCGUACCUCGCAGCAAAGAUAAAUGAAGCGAAGGAUCUGAUGGAUGGACAGAUGAAGAAAUAGAGAUGAAAAUGCUGAUCAGACAUUAAUGUGAUUUCACACUAUUGUUGAUCUUGAACUGAGUGAUCACCACUUUUCUAACUGAUUGUUCUCAAAUAAAAUCACACUGUAUAAAUUGU